UUUUGUAGGUUGCAUAACGUCAUGAAAAGGUGUAUAAAUAAGUCAGAUGUUUCACUGUGAACUGUGGAGAUACAGACAUGAUGAAGUUUGUGGUUUUUGCUCUCUUUGUUGCCGGCGCCUACGGGUGCGGCCUGCCCACCUUCCCCCCCGUGGUGAGCAGGGUGGUUGGAGGAGAGGACGUCAGGCCUAACAGCUGGCCCUGGCAGAUUUCCCUGCAGUACAACCGACAGGGCGAGUGGAGACACACCUGUGGAGGUACUCUGAUCUCUGACCAGUGGGUCCUCACUGCUGCUCACUGCAUCAGCCGUGGCCGGGAGUACAGAGUGGCCAUGGGGAAGCACAACCUGAUAGAGACAGAGGCGGGUGCCUUGUUCAUGGGCACUGCUAACAUCGUUGUGCACGAGAAGUGGAACCCCUUGUUCAUCCGUAACGACAUCGCCCUGAUCAAGCUGGAGUCCCCCGUCACCUUCUCUGACAGCAUCAUGGCUGCUUGUCUCCCUGCUGCUGGCUUCAUCCUCCCCCACAACGAGCCCUGCUACGUCACUGGAUGGGGUCGCGUCUACACCGGAGGUCCCAUUGCUGACAUCCUGCAGCAGGCCCUCCUGCCCGUGGUGGACCACGCCACCUGCACCAAGCCUGACUGGUGGGGUCCUCAGGUGAAGGACACCAUGGUCUGUGCCGGCGGAGACGGAGUCGUGUCUGGCUGCAACGGAGACUCUGGCGGCCCUCUGAACUGCCAGAAGACCGACGGCGCGUGGGAGGUUCACGGCAUCGUCAGCUUCGGCUCCGGGCUCAGCUGCAACUUCCCCAAGAAGCCCACCGUCUUCACCAGAGUCACCUCCUACAUCGACUGGAUCAGCUCCAAAAUGGUGACCUACUGAGAGGACAGGCUUUACGGAUAACAGCCACUAUGAGCACAUAUCAAAUAAAUAAACUAUAAAUGACAUAAAA